UGGCUUGGCCAUAGUGAUUUUACCUCAAAACAAUUUCAUACUUACGUUACCUAACCGAUGUACCUAAUGGCCAAAAAGAAAAUAGAAGUAUUCGUAAAUAUUGAAAAUGGACAGCAAUUUGAGUAUGUGCUCAAUCACAACCAAGAUAAACUGAUUUGCGCAAAUCUUUACAACUCCUUUGCCGGACCGUGUACAGCUCUUGACCAUCUUUUUGUGAGGAUAAAGCUUGAUUGGAGCGACGGGGACAUUGUGCUGUUAAGGGUGUUAAUUGAUAAAAUUCACCCACUAAGCCGUUUCCACAACCAAAGUGAACCCGUAUUUCUUUUUAUUAUGAAUCGCAAAAUAACUCGGAUCUUCCGCGGAGUCGACAAUAUGAGAUUCGUGCAGGCCGCGAAACACGAAAUUGAUUGUUAUAAACAAUUCCAAAAAGGUUCUCCAGUUGACAGAAUAACCUACGAUUUGGAUGAGGCAUCCCCUGAAGAACUUGAAUGGCACAGAGAACGAUUAUUCGAGAAACAGCAAGAAGAAGCAAAAGCAGAGGCGCGUAGAAUGGAACGUCAAGCGGCGCGAAAGCGACAUAGAGCAGAAGUCAUGAUACCGCACUUGCAACAUCUCAACUUCGUGUUGUAUUGGCCUCACGCGAUGCAUGCCCACCCUGAACUGUAUGAGAGAUGGAACGUGAACAAUAUCAUCAUGGUGGGUCGCGAAGAGAUCCAGCUGACAAAGGAAAUGGCGUACGAUGUAUUGUACGCCGGUGACGCUGAACUAAACGAGGCUUCCCUCCAUAUGCUGCUGUCUGCACCUGCAUUAGCUAUAUGCUUCCGAUUGCUCGAUACAGAGAAGCACUUUGUUUCUCUAGUACGAAGAAUCUUAUAUGAAGAAGUGGCACCAAUAGAUGAAUCUGAACCGUUAGAAGACCAGCAUGCGUUGAAAACUGCUUUUGACGCAUACAAAACAUACAGCCCUUCUAGAGACGAAAUUCUGCAGAAACGUAGAGAAGAUCGAUUAAGAAAGAAGAAAGAAGUAGUGGAAAAGCGAGCGAGAAGACUGUCCGAAAUGCAACGAUUAGCGAGACAAGCUAUUGAAGAUGCUAUUCAAGCUAAAAGAGCUGCAAAAGAACAACGCAAGCUUGAGCUGCUUAAAACUGGAAAUUUAUUGGCUCUGGAAAAUUUAAAACUGGAAUACGAUGACGAUGAAGUGGACAUUCUUAUACCAAAAGCGUUGUCUGAUGUCGAAUACGAAGAAGAUAGCGACGUAGAUGAUGAAAACGAGUACUUCCCGCCCCCAGGUCUUCUGAUACCAGGGUUCUAUGCUCCACCGAACGAUGUAGCGAAAACCAACGGCCUGGCUAUUUUAUUUCCUAAAUUAGUUUUGGAGAACGUAACCCCGGAACCCGAGUUUCUGCCGCCGCACGUGCUGGUUAUGAUGGCUAUGGAGAAAAGAUAUAAAGCCAUUGCAGCUAUGUCUAAGUACAAGAAGGAAAUUUUACACAUGGGUAUUUUCAAAGCAACCUACCCAUUCGACGCUAUUCAUGUCGCGUAUAGCGUUAAACAGUUCGAUGCCAUGCAGAAAAUCAAAACUUAUAUACUGGAGAAAUUAAGGUUGGCAUUCAUGGUAUCUAUAAAGUGUGACCUGGCCCUAUUGGAACUGGUGGACCUUGGACCUGUGUACGUCAGUCGAGACUCCAUCGCGGGCGAAGACGAGUGCUCAGCCUUGUUCAGCGUCGACUAUGCCGAUCACUACCCAGAGUUUGAAGACUUCGAAAGUUAAAAAUGAAAAUUACGCCUAGAAAUCAGAAUGGAGAGCCUACUCUUUUUUAGUCGAUCGAAAAUAUUAAAAUUAAAAAAAAUUAAGAAUUUCAUUCAUU